GAGAGAGAGAGAAUAAGAGGAAGAGAAGGAGGCAGAGGUAAGGGGGACAAAGGGGAGAGAAAAGAAGAGAAAGAGACAAAGAAAAUGAAUGAAUAAUGAAUGAAUGAAAAAGAAGGUGAAUGAAUACUUGGCCAGCAGGGAAGAGGGCACUGAGAUAAACGAUCCUGUGCACGUGUGUCUGACAAUCAAGUGAGAUGCAGCUAUUACCCCUUAAUAAACCAAACAUGUGGACCAGGAGAGGAAAUUUUUUUAUAACUUCUGGAAAUGUUUAAUGUACCAGAAAGUUUGUAUUCUGAGACAGCCCCACUAUGGUUCGAAGAGUUCAGUUUUGCUUGAGAAGCAUCAGGACAGUGGGGACAGUGGGGACUAUGGGGAUGGUCUCAAGGGGGUGUGAGCUGGAGCUGAGUUCCAAUUAGACAAGUUAUAAUUGGGAUGAAUUGACAUCUUGUUGCCAGCUCAGGGUUGGUGGUUAAUGCUUCAUUACCAGUAUUUAUAAUGAAGAGUUUUCUCUUUUCUCCUCAGACUUUUGAUAUUUGCAAAUACACACACAAUGAAUAAGGCCAGCAUACUCCACACUAACACAAAUAUUAAAAUCACCUUGUUCUCUGAAAUGAGUGUUGGGAUCUCAGCCAACAGCAUCCUUUUUCUCUUCCAUCUCUGCAUGCUCAUUGGUGCACACAGGCCUAAGCCUAUUUAUUUCGUCAUUGGUUUCUUGUCCCUGACCCAACUACUGAUGCUGUUAACUAUGGGACUCAUAGCUGCAGACAUGUUUAUGUCUCAGGGGAGGUGGGACCCCACCACAUGCAAAUCCCUUUUCUAUCUACACAGGUUCUUGAGGGGCCUCUCCCUUUGUGCUGCCUGUCUGCUGAAUGUCCUCUGGACCAUCAUCCUCAGCCCUAGAAGCUGCUGUUUAAACAAGUUUAAACAUAAAUCUCCCCAUCACAUCUCGUGUGCCCUUUUUCUUUGCGUUCUCUACAUGUCUUUUAGCAGUUACCUCUUGGUAUCAAAUAGCGCCGUCUCCAAUUCGACCUCAGAUAAUUUUAUGUAUGUUACUCAGUCUUGCUCACUUCUACCCCUGAGUUACUCGAGACAAAGCACAUUUUCCACACUGUUUGUCUUCAGGGAAGCCUUUCUUAUCAGUCUCAUGGCCCUCUCCAGUGGGUACAUGGUGGCUCUCUUGUGCAGGCACAUGAAGCAGGCCUGGCAUCUUCACAGCACCAGCCUUUCUCCAAAAGCAUCUCCAGAGCAAAGGGCCACCUGGACCAUCCUGCUGCUCAUGAGCUUCUUUGUGUUUCUCUGCAUUUUGGAGACUGUUAUCUUGCAAACAAGAAUGAAGUUCAAAGAUGGCUUACUAUUCUACUUUAUUCAUAUUCUUCUGUCCCAUAGCUAUGCCACAGUCAGUCCUCUUGUGUUUAUUUGCACUGAAAAGCAUAUAAUUAAAAUUUUUAGGUCAGUGUGGGACAGGAAAGUAAAUAUGUGAUUAUUCAGGAAUGGGUAUGAUCCCUUAA